AUGAAGGACGCACAUAUCAAGCGGCAACCAUCCGAUCCAUACCCAAGAGCAGGGGACGGAUUCCUCAUCCCCAAGGAUUCGACGGCCCUUUCCCCUGACCAGAUGACACGCUUGUUCGAUGACGUUACACAAAAGUCUCACAACAGCGCGCC